AUGGCCAACAAUGGAUAUGAUAGCUCUUCUAGUGAUGAGACAGGUGCCAACAUAAUAUUUUUGGAAAUGUUCGAAAACUACCAAAGGAAAAAAGCAGCGAAGAAGGAGAAGACCUCGAUGGUUGUCCAUGGGGGUACAUCAUCACAACGACGUACUAUACCAAGAGAUCGAGUAAGUGCCCAUGAAAACCUUUUUCAAAAUUACUUCUCUAACCAUCCGUUGUAUCCCCCUUCAAAUUUUCGUAAUAGAUUUCGCAUGAGGCGUGAGUUGUUUAAUCGAAUAAUGGAACAAAUUGUCCCUUUCGACGAUUACUUCAAACAAAAGCCUGAUACCACUGGAAAGCUUGGUUUCUCACCACAAGUGAAGAUGACAGCCGCCAUGCGUAUGCUUGCAUAUGGUACAGCAGCUGACCUCAAUGAUGAUUACUUGAAGAUAGCAGACACCACAUCUUUUGAAGCUUGCAAGAGAUUCUGUCAUGCAGUCAACAACUUAUACGGAGCUGAAUAUCUUCGUAAACCAACGAGGGCGGACCUACAAAAACUGCUCCAAAAAGCUGAGGAACGGGGGUUUCCUGGCAUGCUAGGAAGUCUUGACUGCAUGCAUUGGAAUAUAGCCGUUGGACAAGAAGUUGCCCGUUUAUUGCCGUUGGAAUAG